AAAGCCAAAACAAAAACCUUACCGAUUCUUUAGUAAAGUUUUUAUAAGUACCUAAAAGUUUUAUCACAUUAAUGAAAUACACAAUAUUAUCCCAGCUAACAUAAUGACGGCAAGAGAAAUUCUUACCUUGCAAUUCGGCCAUUAUUCAAACUACAUUGGAGCACAUUUUUGGAACAUUCAGGAAUUAAGUUUUGAUUACACAGGGCUUGUUAAAUCCGAAACUAAUCCGGAUAUAUUGUUUCGCGAAGGAAAAACAUCGACAGGGGCUGUUACAUACACUCCACGCCUGCUUGUAGCAGAUUUAAAAGGAUCUCUAAAAACUUUACCAAGCACAGGUGGCUUAGAGUCUGAAGAAGUUGAAGAGCCUCAGUGGGAAUCAGUAGAAACAAUAGAGGAACCACCAGCCCCUAAAAAUGAGUUUAUCAAAGACAUCAAUUCGGACUCUGAAGUGAAUACAGAGGAAAAAGAUUAUCAGCUAGAUCAAGAAGUCAAUACAUGGACUGACUAUGUUUAUUCUAGGUUUCAUCCCCGUACCAUAAACAUUGUUAAAGAAUACUGUCAUGGAAAUGAGAGUGGAGGAUUCGAUUUAAAUAUAAGUGGACAUUCUCUAUGGAAAACUGAUUACGGAGAUAAUUUUGCUGACAAUAUAAGAAGGUAUGUAGAAGAAUGUGAUAGUAUGCAGGGUUUCCACAUUAACUUUGAUUGUACAGAUGGUUUUUCUGGGUUGGCACUCAGUUGCAUCGAACAUUUAGCCGAUGAAUACAAUAAAACAAUAGUAGCAUACCCCAUAAUAGCUUCUCACUUUGAAGACAAUGAUCCCUCUACUCCCGAAGAAAGGGAAAAAUCAACUCUCAAAGAUUCAACAAGAUUAGUUAACAUAGCACUCGCUAUGGAGCAGUUAUCGGAACAUUCCACAAUGUUUGUCCCAUUAUGUACCUCAGAUAAAGGUUGGAGAAAACCUGGACAUGCAAGAAAAUUUGAGUAUAUAAAAUACGACCCUGCAAAGUACUAUCAUAGCUCAGCAUUACUGGCUUCUGCUCUCGAUACGCUAAGCCAAAAGUAUAGACACAGAGAUAACCUUUUUACACUCUCAGACUUGUGUGCUGACAUGACAGGCUACGGCAGAAAAAUGGCUUCUGCGUCUCUUGGUAUGCCCAUUGCCUUGAAUGAAUCUGAGUAUUUAAUUGAUUUCCUUAAUAACACCACCAAACCUAUAUAUCAAUCGAUUACUCCUAGUUGCAAGAUAGCAACAGAUAAAAUCUUCCAACUCAUAACUGUAAGAGGAAUACCAGAUACCUACUUGAAGGCUCCCCCGAAGGAGGCAAAGGAACAAAUGAACUUGCCAGCUUACAGGUGCAAUAAUGUUAAAGAAAUGUUUGAAUUGUACUUCCAAGCUAACAAUUUCUUGUCUGCCACGAACAUGACUGUGUGCGAAAAACCAAUGGACAUUAAAACACCAUUCCCCUCAAUAUUUUCGCCUGAAUUAAAUAAAUAUGGAUUUGUGAGAAAUAAUGAGAUUGAGGAGAAGGUACAAAGUUGUCCCAUAGUAACUGGGUACCACAAUGGUAAUUUUAUGGCUGAUAUGAUAGAGAAGCUUCACAGAGAAGUUAGUCGGAUAAAGAUAGCUAAACUGCAUAAAUUCAAAGAAGAAGGUUUAGAGGCUGCUGAUUAUCAAGAGAGUUUGGACAAACUUGCUGAAUUCAAAGAUAACUACGAAGAUGAUUUUGAGCUUUAAAAACACUUUACAAAGAUAUUUACAAAUAGUCCGGGUUCCCUAGAACAACUUUUUUUUAUUACUAUCAAGCAAAA